AUGGAUAUGGCCGCCAACGAAAUCAUGGCCGGCAAUGAGAUAAUGGCGCCCAAUGUCAAUGCCAAUUGCCAGUAUUCGACACGAUAUUGUUGGGAAGCAGAAAAAGUCAAAACAUUGAUCAGAUUACGUGCGGAACUCUCGCCGUUAUUCACAGGCAAACGUAAUGCCUCUAAAUAUGCAUGGGCGGUUGUCGAGCGCAAAUUGAAUGUUCCGCUGCCGCUUUCGAAGAUCAUAAAAAAAUGGAACAACCUGCUGCAGGAAUACAAGGCCAUCAAGAUGUCCGAGGAGCCAAAGCGUCGCGAAUGGCCUUUCUUCACACUCAUGGACGUCUAUUUCAGCGAUCAGGUCAAUGAUCCUUCGUUGCGUCUAUUUUCCUCUACCAAAACGCUGCGCGAGACCAUCGACGACAGCGUCUUCGAAGAGGAUCCCAUUAUUGUGUCCGCCAUUGAGGCAGCCACUUCGGGCGCUUACAUGGACAUUGACGAGCUGAUACGCCGUCAGAAAGAGCGCGCCGAGAAGAAGUAUGCGCUGGGUGGUGGCAGUAUUGGUGAUUACAAAUACGACAUCAAACCGAUGCUGCAGAACAGCAAAUUCAACAGUAACGACACGUUGAAGCUUUCGAAGAGCGUCGAUGAUCUGAGCAUGCAACAGUACAAAAUCAAGGACGAGCUCAUGCGCCAACACGAGCAAGAGCAGCAGGAAAACAUACUCAAGAUCAAACAGCAUGCGCGCCAACAGCAGCAACAAGCCCAACAACAGGCACAGCAGCAGGCACAACGCGAACGCGAGCGUGAACGUGAGCGUGAACAGCAAGCGCAACAGCAACAACAACGUUAUCUACAUGCUGCGGCUGGGCAACAACAAUUGCCGCCACCACCAUCACCACAUGCAGUACAUCGCUUGCCACAACAACCAACACCACCACCAGGGCUGCAACAUGCCUUGCAACAGCAACAUCAACAUUUGCUGCACCAACAUCAACAACAACAGCAGCAGCAGCAGCAGCAACAGCAGCAUCACCUCCAUCAUCAGCAGCAACAACGUCAGCAACAGUUGCAACAACAACAUCAACAACAACAACAGCAGCAGCCACAGCAAUUGUCGCCAUCCAUUGCACUGCCACCGCCACCCACACCGCCCACCACUGCCCAGCAAAUACAUAUCCAAACGGCCCAGCAUCAGGCUACCCAACAACAAUUGCACUUGCAACAACAACAGCAGCAGCACAAUCCACACCACCCACAGCAGCAACAACAGCCCUAUGCAGAUCCCAACACAAUCGAUCAGUACCUGCUGUCGUGGAACAAUUUCCAUGGCAAUAUGUGUCGCGGCUUCCACACGCUACAGAAGGACGAAAAGAUGGUGGAUGUGACGAUUGCUGCCGGUGGGAAAAUAUUCAAAGCACACAAACUCGUACUCUCGGUUUGUAGUCCAUACUUUCAACAAAUAUUCCUGGAGAACCCAUCAAGCCACCCUAUACUUUUAAUGGCCGAUGUAGAAGCACCGCACAUGGCUGGUCUACUGGAUUUCAUGUACAGUGGGCAGGUGAAUGUUAAAUAUGAGGACCUACCAGUUUUCCUAAAAGUAGCCGAAGCAAUGAAAAUCAAGGGACUACAUACAGAGAAAAACAUGAACGACGAUAAGGAUAAUGGCUCUCCACAUGAUGGGGACUCCUCGGCAACGCCAACCGGCUCCGGCACCCAAUGCCAUUUCGAUCGCGCCACACAUAGCGUUAACAUAACCGGUCACCCUUAUGGACAAUCUCCAUUACAACCACAACAACUGCUCCAACAGCCACCAGCACCACCCCCACCGCAGUCAGCCGCUCAGGCGGCACUUGAACAUAGCAUGAAUGGUACCGGCGGACCACUCUCACCCUCGCCCGGUUUUGGCAGCUUUCGUGAUCACAUCAAAACCAAAACCAGCUUCGCCGAAACAUUUAUGAAGAAUCUCAGUCGUAACAAUAAUAAUAAUAGCAGUAUCAAUAACUACAAUCACUUGGGCAAUUCAUUGCCGGAGUCGACCGCGGUGACCCGCAAGCCGGAUAAUUUCGCCAUUUUGCAAGCAAACAGCAAAAAGAUUUUGGACACGUCAAGGAAGCCACACAAAUACCUGGCGAAACGAAAGAUACUGAUGCAUUACAAUGAGGAAAUGAAUGAGAAGCGCCGAAAGGAGAUUGAAUGUUAUGGCAAUGAACCCGAUGCGAAUAGCAAUUCGGAAGUCACGCUGGUGGAGGACACAGCAACAGCACCGGAAUCCUUGGGUCUAACUUCAGUCGUCUCGGUGAGCACUGUGAGCAACAGCAGCAGCAAUAACUACAAAAUACGACUCAUGGAAAAACAUCAGAAUGAUACAGCCGCAGCAGCAGCAGCUGCAUCUGCAUCUGCUGCUGCCAUCGUCGUCGCGACUACAACCACAUCGAAGCACAAUAACAAUGAUAAAACAAAUAAUGAUAAGGAGUCACAUGCCCACAAAGAACCCACGCGGAUGGAAGAGGAAGCAACGGAAGCAUUGAAUCUCGUGCAAAAUAGUACCAACAUCAGUGGAGCCAACAAUGGACAGAAAACCGCAGCCGACACGGAUAUGCAUGCUAAGGAGUCGGCGCCUACUGUCGCCAUUACACCGCUAGUGCCGUUGAUCAAUAUCAAAGUGGAGCAACCGGAUUUGAGCUACAAUAUGGGAAACAAUACAGGCAGUGGUCUCAGCAGUGGAGCGAGCAGCAGCGCUUGCAGUAUUGGUGGCCGAAGCAGCACGAGCACCUCCGAUGAAGAUGAAUUAGAGCGAGAGCGUGAACGAGAACUCGAACGUACAUUGGAACGAGAGAGAGAGCAUGAAUGUGAGCGUGAACGUGAAAGAGAACGUACAAUAGACCGGGAACGCGAACGGGAACGGGAACGAGAUCACAGCCAAUAUCACGCUGAUUACAAUAAUGAUGAAAUUGAGAGAGAUUCAAAUAACAACAAUAGCAAGGACACGGCAAACUUAAAUAAGAAUGCGGCGCUCAUACAAGCGAUCACACGUAAUAUGGAGCAUCCAAAGAGCGACAACAACAACAACCACACGGAGCUCGAUCUGAGUAAUACACAUUUGGGGGGUUUGGGAUUAGUAACAGGCAUUGCCGACAAUGAUACCGUUAAAAAUAUAGCGACAGCUGAAAUUUUGUGCGGACUAAAGAGUAAAGUUUUCAAAAUGGAGAAAUUAGAUGAGGAGCGAGAACGAGAACAUGAAAAUUGUCGAAGCUUAAGUGAGAUAAAAAAUGCGGGCGAUUGA